ACAUUUCUAGAGAGAGAAAACUGGAAACCAACAACAACGUCGUUUCUCAUUCGUCGUCAUCUUCUUCUUCAAUUCUACUCCCAUAUACUAAUAAUUAAGUAUAAAUUAUAAUAAUAAUAAUUUUUUUUCCGUUAUUUAUCCAAAUAUAGAAACAAAAGUCAGCGAGUGACUUUUACAGAGAUGACAAUCUUGGAAAACAAACAUAAUCCGUCGGGCAGUACCGGCGGCGGCGGCGGCGGCGGUAAAGGGUGGGGAAUAUUUAAGCUACCUUUUAAAAACAACAACAACAAUAAUAAUAAUCAUAUUUCAAGUACAGCUAAAACGACGUCGUCUUAUUCUUCAUAUCAUAUUGAAGGAUCAUCCAACAACAAUUAUAUUCAAAACAAUAAUAAUAAUAAUAAUAGUAGUUCCACUUCUUCAGUUACUUCAGUUGCUAGAUCUCUUCUUCCAACACGACGUCGUUUAAGACUUGAUCCUCCUAAUAAGCUUUAUUUCCCUUAUGAACCUGGGAAGCAGGUCCAAAGUGCCAUUAAGAUAAAAAACACAAGCAAGUCUUAUGUUGCUUUUAAGUUCCAAACAACUGCUCCGAAAAGCUGUUUCAUGCGUCCUCCUGGUGCUAUUCUUGCUCCAGGCGAGAGUAUAAUUGCAACUGUUUUCAAGUUUGUUGAGCCCCCGGAAAACAAUGAAAAACCAAUGGACCAAAAGCGAAAGGUGAAAUUCAAAAUCAUGAGUCUAAAAGUUAAAGGAGUGAUGGAUUAUGUACCCGAGCUGUUUGAUGAGCAUAAGGAUGAAGUGGCCGUGGAGCAGAUAAUGCAAGUUGUUUUUCUUGAUGUUGAACAUCCCAGCCCAGCCUUGGAAAAAUUGAGGCGUCAGUUAGCGGAGGCCGAGGCUGCUCUUGAAACUCACAAGAAACCUGCAGAGGACACUGGGCCUAAGGUUAUCAAUGAAGGCCUUGUCAUAGAUGAAUGGAAAGAAAGAAGAGAGAGAUACCUGGCUCGACAGCAAGUUGAAGGUGUUGACUCUGUAUGAACACCUAAGUUUCAUGUCUCUAAUCAUAAACAUCGAGUAGUUGCUUCUUUUUUCCUAUUCAUAUUAAUGUGUGUAUUGUAUUGUUCUUUGCCCAUUUAAGUAAUGCUGAAAUGGGUGAUCUGAAGAUGAUUUAACAUAUUCUGAAUGUAAAAAGUUUCUGUGUAUUCUGUUUGUAGCGCGAGGAAAAUACGAAAUGUGUGUUUUAAGUUGUGGCUAUCUGUACAAGGUACAAGUUCUAACAAUUAAAGUACUUUUUGUACUUGCACCAA